AUAAUUGUUAUUCAAAAGUAUUAUCGUCGCUGGCUUGCUACGCGCAAAGUUAACGCGUUGAGAAAACAACGUGAUCUUGUGUAUGCAUAUGAAGAGGCUCAGCGUAAAAAUGCCGAGGCGGAACGUGCUGCACGUUUAGAGUAUGAACUUGACCGCCGUUUACAUCCGCGAACCAGAGCAGACUUUGACAAACUUUAUAACGCUCUAGAAAAAUGGCGUAUGGAAGAAACUGAAAAAAUAUAUCAUACUUAUUCACUUUCAGCAGAAAGAAAAGCUGCUCUAGCUCUAUUGAUGGAUCAAGUAGGCUUAUGA